CUGAUUAUAGCUGAUCUGGCGUCAGUUGUUUUUUUGCAGAUUAAAGCCUGCCUGUAUUAUCACGUUACGCGCUGUCCAUCACCUUCCAGCAGCAUAUGGACACGCACCGACUGUCAACUGCUCGGUGAAGGAUGUGAAGGAAAGGGGAUUUUUCUGUUUUUCUUUCAUUAACAGAGAAGAGCAUCUUCCUACCAAAGCAAAGCGAUGAUCAAGAGUGUUUUCCCCGAACUUAUGUCCUUCCUCCCUUUAACCCCCCUCCCCUCCUUCAUGUAAUUUACCAUUUUGGAAGGAAGGAGAACUCGUCCAACAUAGGCUACGUUUUCAUUAGUUGGAAGCGAGCCCACGUUGUUUCCCCCCCUUUUUUUUCUAAUCAGUACGUUAGGUUGUAAGCCCACCCACUUAUGAACUGGCUCACUACCUAAAGGUCUGGUUUGGAACUGGCGGAAAGGGAGGAGAGCUGACAGAAGCUGUCCAAAAGUCUACAAAUUGAACGUUUCGGUAGCAGAUCGGAGUCGCGGAGGAAGGAAAAAAUGAAGGAAAAGAGUCUGAUUGAGACCGCGAAAAUGCAGGGCAACGUCAUGGAGCUGGUGGGCAGUAACCCUCCGCAGAGGAACUGGAAGGGAAUAGCGAUCGCCCUUCUUGUCAUUCUGGUCAUCUGCUCGCUGAUCGUCACCUCCGUCAUCCUGUUGACACCAGGUGAGGAUGACCGCCUGGCUCUCAAAGGCAAAGUGACUGUUGGAGACCUCUUUCGAAAAAACUUCAAGGUUCAUGACCCCAACGCCAAAUGGAUAAGCAGUAAUGAGCUAUUGUAUCGUAACCGCGAUGGCGAUGUCGUCAAGUUCAAUGUCGACACCGAUGAGAAAACCAUCUUGGUGCAUAACAAGAAGUUUGAAAUGUACAAAGCCAGCAAGUAUGAGGUGUCUCCUGACAUGAAGCAUGUGUUGCUGGCCUACAACGUUGCACUGGUGUACCAACAUUCUUAUACUGCGUUCUACAUCAUCUGCAGUCUGGAGACCCCGGAGACAUGGAACUUGAACCCUCCAGAGGUGCGAAAUGCUCAGCUACAGUAUGCAGGCUGGGGACCCCAGGGUCAGCAAUUGAUCUUCAUUUUUGAGAACAACAUCUACUAUCGCUCUACAGUGGAGAGUCGCUCUAUUCGUUUGGUGUCUACUGGCAAGGAGGGGGUCAUCUUCAAUGGGCUUAGUGAUUGGCUGUAUGAAGAGGAGAUUUUCCAGUCCCACAUUGCCCAUUGGUGGUCUCCAGAUGGUGCCAGAUUAGCAUACGCCACCAUCAAUGACACCCUGGUGCCCAGGAUGGAGCUGCCCAUGUUCACGGGCACACCCUACCCAGUAGGGAAAGAGUACCACUACCCUAAGGCUGGUGAGGAGAACCCAGUUAUCACCCUGUAUGUUGUGAACCUUAAUGGCCCUCUUCAUACCAAAGAAAUGAGGAGACCUGAUGAUCCCAGGAUAGGUGAGUACUACGUGACCAUGGUGAAAUGGGCCACCACCACCAAACUGGCCAUCAAUUGGCUGAACAGAGCCCAGAACAUCUCGAUACUCACACUGUGUGAGGCCACGACAGGAGUCUGCACAAAGAAACAUGAGGAUGAAAGUGAGGGCUGGCUGCACAGACAGAAUGAGAAGCCUCUGUUUUCCAAAGAUGGGCUGAAGUUGUUUUUCACUCGCGCCAUUCCUCAAGGAGGCAGGGGCAAGUUCUUCCACAUCUCCAUGUCCAUCUCCCAGCCCAACACCAGCACAGACACACUGCAGUCCAUCACGUCUGGCGACUGGGAUGUCACCCAAGUUCUGGCUUAUAAUGAGGACAGCCAACUGAUAUACUUCUUGAGCACUGAGGAUGGUCCAAAACGAAGACAUUUGUACAGUGCAGACACCUUUGGGUCGUUCAACCGUCGCUGUCUGUCUUGUGCCUUGUCCGACAGCUGUGGCUACGUCAGCGGCUCCUUCAGCCACAACAUGAGCUAUUUCCUGCUCAACUGCCAAGGCCCGGACAUCCCAUUUGUAGCCAUCUAUAAGACCCAGAGAGACGGAGAAAGUGAGACGCAGGACAGAGAGAGCAUUGCAGAAGUACAUAAACUGGAGAGCAACGAGAACCUGAGGCUGAUCCUGGACUCCAUGCAGAUGCCCACGGUGGAGUACAAGGACAUCAAUAUGGAUGACUACACUUUGUCGAUGCAGAUCCUCAAACCCGCCGGCUUUGUGGACACUUCACACUAUCCUCUGCUCCUGCUUGUCGACGGGACACCUGGUGGCCAGAUGGUGGCGGAGCAGUUUCAUAUGGACUGGGACACGGUGCUGGUGAGCAGCUUCGGCGCCAUCGUGGUGCGGUGCGAUGGACGAGGCAGUGGCUUCCAGGGCACCACCCUGCUGCACCGGAUCCAGAAGAAGCUGGGCCUGUUCGAGGAACAGGACCAGAAGGAUGCACUCAAUUUUAUUUUGAAAGAGCCCUACAUUGACAAAACCAGAGUUGGAGCUUUUGGAAAGGAGUAUGGAGGCUAUGUGACCAGCCUGUUGGUCAGCAGUGAAGAAUCUCCUGUAAAAUGUGGUGCUGUUCUCUCACCCAUCACCGACUUUGAGUUAUAUGCCUCUGCAUUUUCAGAGAGAUAUCUUGGUCUGCCUAAACCUGACCCAAGGGCAUACACAACGGCAAACUUGGGACACAGAGCAUCUCAGUUCACGGAUAAGAAGUUUCUUAUUAUCCAUCCAACAGCUGAUGAAAAAGUCCAUUUCCAACAUACAGCGAAAUUCAUCACCCAGCUCAUUCAUGAAAAGGCCAACUACACCUUACAGAUCUAUCCAGAUGAAGGCCACUUCCUUCACAAUGAAGCAACAAGGCAACAUCUCAGCCAGUCCCUAGUGAACUUCUUCGAGGAAUGCUUCAGGCUACCAGAAAUAUUGUUUGAGGGGGCACUGGAGGAGGAGGGUGAAGACGAGGGUUAGCCUGAGCUCCUGAGGCUCAUGUGCCCCAACUCUUUCCCACCCAUACGUUUUGCCUACCUUAACCACCAUCCUGUCUCUGUGCCCAAACACAAUGCUGGCAUCCAGUUGUUCACAAUAUGCAACUCUCACCAGUUCUUUCUCAAUUUGGUUUGGUUUGCAUUUGGACUCCUGGUGUCCACAUGCAGAACCUGAGACUGCCUUUCCAGCAGACAACAGACCUACUCAUGUAUCCAUCCUCCCACCCUCUGAUCCUGAGUUCGAACCAAGAAGGCCCUCCAGAGCAGCCAACAAAGACUGAUGAUCCGAUGUGGAAAUAUGGCAAUUGAUUGAACAGGAAGCAGUCUAAUUCACAGCAGGAUGGACGAGCUCCUCAAAAGCAACCGAGAGCACUCACACAGACUUUCAAUUUGUGAGAGGAAGGAACACCUUAUAGCACAUAACUGGCGGGCUUGUAUAUUAAUGAAAAUCAGACGCCUGAUGAAAAAAAAAAAAACACUGUUUAUAACAGGUGUCUGGAAUUGUGCGGAAAUACAGGAAUUGUUACUAUUUUUAAAGUUGUGACGAACUUUCAUGUUGGACUGUGGUUGUGUCUAUUGUUCUUACGGUAUGUAAAAUAGCACACAAACAUUCACUCGGCUGUUACAGCGAUUUUUCUUUUGUGUUAUGUUUGCCCUGUUGUUGGUUUCAUCUCGUAGCUUCAUUUUAUGUUUUUCAGUGAUGCUGACAGGAUUCACUUGAACUAGCAAGGUGUUUGGAAGGAAAAGAAUACCAUGGAUUUCUUAAUAUUUAUUUAAGACAGUUGUAUUGCAACAUUUUUUUUUUUCCCAAAGAACAGAAGCAUCAAUUUUUGGUCACUGUGCCUUACUUUGUCAGAAAACAUCCUGCUAUGGGAUUGCAUUUACAAACUAGAACAAGGCUAAUUUUGUAAGAAUAGUUUGACAUUUUGGGAAAUAGGCUUUUCGCUGUCUUCUCAAGAGUUAGAUUAGGGAAGAUGGAUUGCACUUAAUCUGCUUUUUAAUAUGAAGAUACAGUAAUGGUUAGCUAAGCCUAGCUUUUAACAAAGACUGGAAGCAGGGGGAAAUAGUUAGUCUAUCCCAACUAAUCCCUCUUACAUGGCGUUUUUUUAACCUGUACUAAAAUAUAGAAACUACAGGUUGUGGUAGUACGGAGGGUAAUAAUCUGGACUAGGCUAGCUGUAGUCUUUAUGCUAAGACAACCAUCUCCUGAACUUAUCUUAAUCUUAUCUUUAUCUAACUCUUGACAACAAAGUGACUAAGAUAUUUCCCAAAAAUGGCAGCUAUCGUUUUAAAUUGACAGCUUGAAAUAGAUAAUUGUAACAAUUUAUUUUAAUAAGAACUACUCUCAACAGCUAAUUCUCGAUUGAGAAAUUGAAGAGAUUUUGAAGUUUCACAGCAAAUUAACCAUUCUCUGCAAGUAUGCCCAAUUACAUCAUUACGCCAAGCUUAAAUGUACAGAAUCUGCAUGCAUCAUCACUUGCAUUUAAGAAUGGUAGCAAAAAAAAACAAACAAAAAAAUAUAUAACGGUACAAAAACUGCAGUGUUUGUUUGUGACAGUGCCGUGUCACUUUACUCUUGGCUUAAAUCAUUGAACACGUUUUACAGAGCUGAAGGCAAGGAUCUGUUAGGAUUAGUGUUACAUCCCAAGAAAUUAUGCAUUUGUAUAUAAAAGUGAAAAAUUGUGUUAUC